AGCAAGUGGAUUUCCCUACUUCCGUUAUAGUUAUUGAUUUGACAACACAAAAAUUUGACGAAUUUGACAGAUAUAAUUUACAAUAGUUCCUCGCUUCAUCAAGAUGAGUAAACGAAACAAACAAAACGGUAAAGAAAACGAAUCAACUACAAAUGGAACUUCAGAAAUCAAAACUAAGCAGCGUUGUAUUGGACAGUCAAGUGGCAACAACAUUUUGGAAGGGCUUUUACAAUGGGACGAGGAAUAUACCAGCAAGUGCGCAGUUUUUGCAGAUAAGAACUCCACAUUCAGACCUGUAAUGAAGCUGUUAGAGAUAUCUUGUCAUGGUAUACCAUGGCUUCUUGCAACAAUCGUUUUAAUAUUAUCAGUCCACCAAGCACAUCACAUAGAAUUGCUUGUUAAUCUGUUCUAUGGUCUCAUUAUUGAUCUGAUUGCUAUCAGCAUAUCAAAGAUGGCAUUCAAAAGAUCGCGUCCAGUACACAAUGAGAUGGACAUGUUUGUGACAGUAUCAAUAGACAAUUAUUCCUUCCCAUCAGGCCAUGCUUCAAGGGCUGGAAUGUUGGCUUGCUUCUUUGCCCUUCGUGCUUUAGACUCUCCAACAUGGAUAGUAUUCACUCUACUGUGGUCUUUCAUCGUAACCUUUUCGCGUGUGAUGCUGGGUCGUCACCAUUUAGUUGAUGUGAUCUGCGGCUAUUUGUUAGGAAUCGGGGAAUAUUUAGUGUUAAGUUAUCUCUGGAUCUCUAGGGAGACAUCUCUCAGCUGGCUAGAGUUAUACUUCAGUCAUUUUCAUUUGUAAUGUGAACACAUUUUUUCUUUGGAUUCCAUAUCAUAUGUGUAAUUGUGUUCUUUUUUUGCCUGUAGUACAGUUGGUAAUUUGAAUAAUUGUAGUGUUGAAAUGCAAAAUGUCACUUAUAUGGCAAAUGUCAGUAUUAUCUUAUUGUUUUUUAUAAAUGAUAAAAUCAAGUCAAUGCCACUUGUGUUUGUUUCUAAGGUGCUUCAUAUAGAGAAAAAAACGAUCAUUUUUUCCUACAUUUUAAGAGAGAUUUUUAGCAUUUAAUUAUCAACCACUGAUAAUAUUGUUUUCUUUUUAUGUUACCCGGUAAUAU